GAGUUUCAUCGAAGUGUAGUGAAAGUUGGAUUGAAAAUAAAUAUAUCAAAAUUAUUAAAAAGUUUUUAAGCAAAAUUAUUAGACUAAAAGAGAAAUUUUAAAGGUUAUCACCACAUGAAAUAUUUUAAUUACGAUAUCUCGUUUACGUGAAGGUGAAAGUAGAUAUCAAAAUAUCGUAAAUGUAUUAAGUGAAGAAAUUUAUUAGUUGGAGUUUUUUAUUUCGUGAUAGGACAAAAGAAAUUGCUCGUUUCGAUUUACCAGAAAGAAAAAAUUGAGAUUAAGGGUAUUUUAUCAGAUAUUAAUAGAAAUAAUUCAUUGAAAACUAAGAGUGACUAAAUAUUACCUACAUAUUUACACAAAGGAUGCGGUAACCGAUUUAGCACGCCUGGGAUGCGGGCUUGUCUGUGACGUUACACUAAACUAGCACGCUUGGAUGACGUCGUAAUCACGGUCAACCGCCGGUUCUGUCAGUACAUGUGCACGUGAACACCAUGCAAGAGAUCAUGCAGUGUUUGGAUGAUCAGCCGGUCUACGAUUGGUUGAGGGACACGAGCCCCCACGCACCAUUGGCCGCUUUACGGAUGCAGCGCGCUACACACCCAGACAAUCCCAUGCCAGAACAAUAUCAAGAAAGCUUCAAUUCAAAAUAGUAAUAUCGCUCUAGAUUUUCAUCGCUGCAAACGAACUUAUAUCAGUUUUGUGUAUAUUUUAUUAGUGAUUUAGUGACUAGGAAUGGUAAUUGAAGAGAAAAUGACAGAAAAUAUCAUUUCUCCUCCAUCUACACCAUCCCCAAAGAACAUCUCCGAUGAUGAACAUUUGCAACAAUCAACGAUUGUUCAACUCAAAAACUUUUUGGGGCAGAAAAGAACUUUACAGACAUCUGGUCUGCUCACCCCUCAGCCUUCAGACUCCGAAAAUGAAGAACUAGACGUACCGCUGAAGAAGAGGUACCGCGUAACAAAUUUCAACAUACAGUACCCCCCUCCAACUAUUACCCCUCCUAAAUCUCCCUCUAAAACACCUCCUUUACCAGAAAAAACAAUUUCUUUGCCGCUAUAUAAACCUCCUGUACCAGAUUUUUGUCCUCCACUUCCACGAACCGAUAACCCCCCGAACAGAACACUCUCCGUUAUUACCAGGGCGGAUAAAAACGGAAUUUGUACGGCGCUACCAAUACCCCAAGUACGCGAGGAAGAAAACAUCGUGAAAAGUCUCAAAUUCAAAAUGCGAAAAAACAAAGAACAGAUAGAAACAAGUGAAAAAGAUAUUUCGAAAGAAGAACCGAAACAAAUAGUUACUCAAAAACUACCGCUACCCGUAUUAGCACCGAAAAUUCUAACCUCAAAUCCGUCGAGCACAAUAUUUAUAUCAACUGACGGAACUGUUCUUCCAACACAAAUAGUCUUCAUCGCGCAUGCUUCUACCCCCUCGCCACCAGUCCGAAGAAGAGUCUAUGAAUGCCAAUACGAAGGGUGCGGGAAAAAUUACUUUAAAUCAUCGCAUCUCAAAGCUCACAAUCGUAUACAUACGGGGGAGAAACCAUUUGUUUGCCAAUGGGAGGAUUGCGAAAGGAGAUUUUCUCGAUCUGAUGAAUUAUCGAGACACAAGAGGACCCAUACUGGAGAAAAGAAAUUUAAAUGUUCGUAUUGCCAAAGGAAGUUCAUGCGAUCUGAUCAUUUAGCUAAACACGUUAAAAGGCACGUCAAAGAUAGGCUGAAUAGUGCCAAAGUUAAUGUAAUGCCCAUUUUAAGGCCCAUUCAACCCGCUUCGAAAUUGAGUUAAGUUUAUUUUUAUGUAUAUACAUAAGUAUUAUUCCAUUGUCUGAAUUAUUUUUGAUCUCUUUUGAUAUUAAGUGUUGAUAUUCUAAUUUUGUGGUUAUGUUUCUAACAUCUUGAUAUGCUAAUAUUUGAUUUUGUGUUAAACAUUCCUGUGUUACCUUUUUUAUUUUUAAUUGAAAGCAUUAUAGUGAAAAAUUGAAAUUCACUUUUAUCGUCUGUGAUUUAUAAUAUUUAUUUUUAGUUAGGUUAUUUUCGUGUGUAAAUAUGAAUGUUGUGAAUAUAUUUUCAUUUUUUAUACUUUCAAAUCUAAUACCACCUGUAACAUAUUUUGUAAUGACCAAUAACUGAUAAAAAAUUUGUUAAUAAAUAGUUGAAAUUUAAAUACGUUAUUUUUUUAACCCAAAAUCGACUUUAAAAAUAGAUUUAUCGAACAUUGUCGAUAGUAUAAUCAGAUGCUAUCUAUUUUCUAACCAAAGUUUUGUCUUUUUAUGGGGGUAGUUAACUUAUAUUUUUUAUAAAAUUGUAAAUCAUGAGACUACAACUAUA